AUGGCCAAACGUUUGAUUCCAACUCUGAACAGAGUUCUCGUGGAGAAGAUCGUCCCCCCGUCUAAAACCUCCACGGGUAUCCUCCUCCCUGAAAAAUCAGCCAAGCAGUUGAAUUCUGGUAAAGUGAUAGCAGUCGGACCGGGUUCGCGGGACAUUGCCGGAAAUAAUGUCCCCGUCGCCGUCAAAGAAGGGGACACUGUUCUCUUGCCGGAUUACGGCGGGACCCAAAUCAAAUUGGGCGAGAAAGAGUAUCUUUUGUACAGAGAUGAGGACAUCUUGGGCACUCUUCAUGACUGA